GGGUGGGGUGGGGUGAUCCCAUGUGGGUAUCCGGAUUUAGCACUACAAAAGCCCGAGAGAAGCUUCAGUGGCUCAGGACCAAAAGGGACUGACUCUGGGCAGGAGGGGGUGAAGCAAACCACUGUUCCGCCCACCUCCUCCCCAACGCCACUCCAACUCCAGUGCAGCCUGGAAGCUACACAGGAGCCAGAACUCAGCGGCCUGUUUCAUUCCCAAAAAUAACAAAACAAAACAAGGGCAAAGAAGCUCCACCAGCCUGUCCCUUUGAGUCUCAUGGUGGGCCUGAGCUCGAUGCAGCUACGGAAGUUCCAGGAGGAUGGAUUUCUGGUCCUGGAAGGAAUAUUUUCCACCAAGGAGUGUGAUAUCAUGAGGGAGCAAAUCCAGAAGAUCAUAGCAGAAAUGGAAGUGCCACCUCACUGUCGCACUGAAUUCUCUACUCAACAAGAGGAACAGCUCCGAGCCCAGGGCAAUACUGACUAUUUUUUGACCAGUGGAGACAAGAUCAGAUUCUUCUUUGAGAAAGGAGUGUUUGACAAGGAAGGCAAUUUUCUAUUCCCGCCAGAGAAAUCUAUCAAUAAAAUUGGCCAUGCUCUGCAUGCCCUUGACCCUGUCUUUAAGAGUGUUACCCACUCAACUCAGGUGCAGGAGUUGGCCAAGAGUCUGGGGCUUGAGGUACCUGUGGUAGUUCAAAGCAUGUACAUCUUCAAGCAACCGCACUUUGGCGGGGAAGUCACCCCACACCAGGAUGCCACCUUUCUCCACACUGAGCCACUGGGCCGAGUACUGGGUGUUUGGAUUGCCUUGGAGGAUGCUACCCUGGAGAAUGGCUGCCUCUGGUUCAUCCCUGGCUCUCACACUGGUGGCAUUUCCCGGAGGAUGGUACGGGUGCAGGCUAACUCUGUGGGUGGCACCAACUUCAUAGGCUCUGAACCGGUUUAUGAGGAUAGCCGUUUCAUCCCUACACCCAUCCGGAAAGGGGGUCUCAUCUUGAUACAUGGAGAGGUCGUUCAUAAGAGUGAGCUGAACCACUCCAUAUAUUCUCGCCAUGCAUACACUUUCCACAUCAUGGAAUCCAAGGGCACUCACUGGAGCCAGGAUAACUGGCUUCAGCCAACACCAGAGCUGCCUUUCCCCCUACUGUACACCUAAUGCCAAUCACCAAGAUGGAUUCCCCUGCCCUUUCAGAUGAAGCCCUGGGCCUACUUUUUUGAUACACCAAGUGGCUCCCUAUGCUUCCCCAGAGGUGGGAGUGAAGUUUGUUAUACCAUCACUUGGACUUUCUAAUGAAGACCUGAUACUUCUUGUCCUCUGGGGAACAUGGCCCUUGUUCUUGUCUUGGACAACUGAAUACUUAGUGCCUUUGCUUUUCUUCUUGGGGUCAACCCGUGGAUAACCCUCAGACUCACCUUAUAAAAAGGAAGAAAGCAGCCUGGUGUAUGGAGGUGGGGGAAGGCUCUGAGGGAGGGGAGAGAGAAGCAGCACAGUGGGGAAAGGGAAGAAGACACGAGUGAAGGUCAUCUAGAGUGAUGGUCAAUGAAUAAAAAACCACCAAAUGCACAGUA